AUGGCCUCCGUCCUGAUCACCGGCACAUCUCGCGGCCUAGGACUAGCAUUAGUCGAACAUAUUCUCACCCUCCCUUCAACAAUUAUCGGAACAAUUUAUGCAACGACUCGCGCCUCAUCUGCUCCCGAAGCACUAUCAGAAUUAAUCAAUUCCUCAAAUGGUCGCGUACAUCAUGUACAGCUAGAUGUCACGGAUGCCAGCAGCGUUGCGGCCGCAGUUCACAAUGUUAACCAACUCAGUUCUGGCCGUGGGAUUGAUAUUCUGAUCAAUAAUGCGGGACGAUUGGGCGAGAACUCGGGAAAAGCAAGUGCAAUGACUGCUGCAGAUCUGGAGACUACUUUUGCGACGAAUGUGAUGGGUGUGCAUCGCGUUACGGCCGCUUUCUUGCCUCUACUACGCGAGGAGAACAGUAGCAGCGUCCCUUGUACAGCAUACAAAAUUUCAAAAGCAGCCCUGAGCAUGUUAACGGUUCAAUAUGCCGCCGAAUUGGCCUCGGAGAGGUUUACGGUCUUUGAGAUUAGUCCUGGUUGGUUACAGACGGAUCUGGGUGGUGAGCAUGCUCAUUUGAGACCUGACGUUGGUGCAAGGGAAGUGGUGAGGAUUGUGUUGGAAGCAAAGCCUGAACGGGAUAAUGGGGUGUUUAGGGAUAUAUGUGUAGAGGGGUUUGAGGGUUUUUAUACGGGGGAGAAUCCGCCUUGGUAA